ACACACACACACACACACACACACACACACACACUUAAAGAGGAUGUCGGAAGCAGAGAGAAGACUUCUGACUUUUGUUAAUACACCCUUCAACACUGCUCAACAUCAUGAUUCACUCACACCCACAUGUUAGGCUACUACAGACCUACUGACUUACAUACCUCAUCAUUGGUUAAUUUUUAUAUUAUUAUUUGUGUAACCGGUUAAUAAAUGACCACAGCAGAAAGUCCUCUCACGCACGUUCCCAUUUUUUCUGUCGCAAACACUGAGCCGGGUUUGUGACAACUUUAGGCAUUUAGUUCCAUAGACUCCCAUUCAUUUUGCACUCGACCGCGAUCACAAGAGAAGGAACCUCCUCAGCCUAGCUGAUGUUCUACAGCUUCUCCAGCGUAUAGUUAGGCCUACAACAAAGAUGUAAGAUGUUCCUGCAGUAGGCCUAUCUGCAACUAGACCACCAUCGAUAGUGAUCUGUGAGCAUGAAGACAAACAGACAAGCCGUCCCGCAGGGCCGGAUUAACCAUUAGGCAACUGGGCACUUGCAGGGGGACAUCUAAGGGGCCCUGGACCAUGUCAACUAAAAUGUGAUAUCACGUUAUGAAAGCAGUCCUAACUUUCCUUGACGUGAAUACUUUAUUGCAACUCGUUUGAUCCAAAUAUUAUGUUAAAUCACGAAAAAAACAUUGUUUGUGUAGUGUAGUCGCCAGUGCCGCCUCUCCUGUAACGCGCACUACGCCCUGUGCGUAGCGCACCAACUCCUGCGGGGGCACCAAAAAAUAGCCAACUGAAAUAUCAUCAUAGUUAUAAUACUUAUAAUGCCGAUAUUAUUUAUUAUAGAAUUAUUAGGCACGUAUAUUACAAAACAGGCAGAACAAUUUAAAUGCUCAAAAAAAGCACCCCCCCCCCCAAAAAAAAAAAAAAAAACAAACAAAUACACACUCGCUGUGAACUUUGACAGUAAGCCAACAGGGUUAACAAUGACAGUAAGCUAGGUCAACUUUUAUAAAAUGGGCUUAAAAAGACCGGAGUCAGGGGAGGAAAAAAAGAAAGAGACUGCGAGAUGGUGCCCGUACAUUACUUUCAGUUAGGUGCAUGUUUAAUCAUUGUAAUACGGGAAAUGUGCUGCUAAUUUAAUGGUUAGCCUAUGCAUAGGCUACACCUUAAACUUGCUGACGUUAUUGCUAAUGUUAGCACACUCAAAUAUGUUUUAACUUUGGUGCAAAGCUAAAUUGAGAUUUUACUGUUAAACAUUAUCUAUGCAUUUUACAAGUAGCCUAACGCCAGCUAGCUUACAUUCUAUGAGGCUGAAAAAUUGAGACAAAAUCACCUUCUCUAGACAAGAUUUUACCAAUUGAAAAACGGCUUGUAAAAUGUUUAUUUGACAUAAAGCUUGAGCCUUGUUGCCCAGGGCACAGACAAUAGUUAAUCAGGCCAUGGCCGUCCGGCUCAUUAAUGAGUAGCCUACUAGGCAUUUGCCAAAUUAGCUCAUUAACUUUAAUUGGCUUCUCCAGGUGCACUGAGAAGACCUUAAAUGGGUUUUAAUCCAAUUCCGGACACUUACAGUUUGGAUUCUUCCCUAUAUAACCUUUACAUUGUUUUACUAAACAUGUCACCUAAUCUCCUGCCUAUAGAUUUGAAUUUGUACUAAAGGACAAGGUCAACUUCAAAUUGACUUUUGUUGGUUCUUGCAGUUUUGCAUCCAAAUAAAAUUGAUAGAAAAAUCUCACACCCAUUUCCUGGCAAACAACCUUUAAGCAGCUGUGAUUGGUCCAUGGUUUAAUACACACUAAUCCAGCUGUACUGUGCCUGCAAACCACACAACCCUUUACUGUAGUUAACAAUUAAAUGUACUUGAAAUCUGGUCUGAAAUGAGAGGAUUCCUUUUCUCUGGUGUUUUUGCCAUUGUGAUACUCAUCCCUGCUCAAGGUGAGGAUGUGACCCUGCUGGAGCAGGAGCCGCUGGAGUGUUUCCGCUGUGACCUGGGCUUGUGGGACGCCUGCUUCACCACCAAGACCAACUGCAGCGCUGGGGAGAGGUGCUACACUGGCCGGGGGAGGGCAGCGGAUGUGCUGGAUGUGAAGAUACUGGGCUGUGAGCGUGCAGAGGAGUGCGAGUUGGUGACCAGGGUGGAGAUCUUCCCCAACAUGACCUUCUACACCAUGACUAGAAGCUGCUGUGACACAGACCUGUGCAACGCGGCCCCCUCGCUGCCUCUCAUCACACGCCUCCCUCUCGCUAUGGCUUCUCUGUCUGCCAUAUUCCUCGCAGCACCAUCUGUACGCCUACAAUGACCAGCAUGCACUUCUCCAUUCUGUUACCAUGACUACGCCAACCCAUGCACAAGAAGACCACAUUUUUAUUUGUCACAAACAUGCUUAGUCUAAACAGUACUGUAUUUAGUUGGUGGUCUGUAGUCUCUCAAUCUGGCAAAUGACAGUUUUGUAUAUUGGAUAUUUUGAACUGAUAAUAAAUAUGAAAGUAU